CACUGUCUCACUCCUCCGUCUCCGUCCGCGUGGAGAAGAAGAGAGCGCGACCCGCCGGACAUGGCCGACGCCGGCGAGCCUCCUGUGAGCGAAUACCACAACUAGGACGGUGUAGUUAGGUACCGUUCAGUUCUAAACAAGGCACGCGGCGGCCGUCAUUCUUGGUCUGUCGAGCGAGGGAGGUGGUUGUUGGGUGUGUGGAGAGGGUGCGGUGGUUGCCGGCGGUCGAUGACGUUUCUGUUCCCGGUCAGGAGCCAGCAGGGCGCGAUGGAGGGAAGGCCGCCGGCGCCGCCGAGGGUGUCCAUGUUCCGGCGGCUGAUGGUGCGGGUGACCCCGGCCGAGCGCCUGGCCGCGGACGGCAAGGAGAGGGAGAAGGAGGAGAGGCCGCCGGCCGCCGGGGACGCCGAGGUCGGGUCGUUGGGGCUGGACCGGAUGGUGCUGAGCUUCAUGGAGGACAACGCGGCCGUGGUGGAGCGGCCCCCGCGGGGCCGCUGCAACUGCUUCAACGGCAACCAGGACGGCAGCGACGACGAGGACUUCGACUACUUCCUCCCCUCCGCCUCCGCCCCCGCCGCCGCGCCAGCCGCGGCCGGCGAUGCCUUGGAGCUGCUCAAGGGCCUGGUGCAGUGCGCGAGCACGGCGGAGCGGAACCUCCUCGCCGACGCGUCGCGGAUCGCCGAGCGGUGCGGCAAGGGCGGCUACGGGUCCGGUCGGAAGAAGGCGGACGUCCGGCGCGCGGUGGCGGACGGGCUCCGGGCGCUCGGGUACGACGCCGCCGUGUGCACGUCGCGGUGGGACAAGGGCCCCUCGCACCCGGCGGGGGAGCACGAGUACAUCGACGCGGUGGUGGUGGUGGAGCCCGGGCCCGGGGCAGGGGCCGGGGCGGCGACGGCGACCCGCCUCGUGGUGGAGGUGGACUUCCGGUCGGAGUUCGAGGUGGCGCGGCCCACCAAGGCGUACCGCGCGGCGCUGCAGGCGCUGCCGCCGCUGUUCGUGGGCACCCCCGACCGGCUCGGCCGGGUCGUGGCCCUCGUCGCCGACGCCGCGCGGCAGAGCCUCCGGAAGCGCGGGCUCCACUUCCCGCCGUGGCGCAAGCCCGAGUACAUGCGCGCCAAGUGGCUGUCCCCGCACGCCCGCACCGGCGUCGCGGACAAGCCGCCGGCGGUCGCCACACCGGUGUCCGCUGGCAGCUUCUCCGGCGAGUUCGAGCUGCGGUUCGACGAGAAGCCGAAGGCGCCGGACGACACCACCGGCGAGGAGAAGAAGAUCACGGUGGUGGUGUCGCCGUCGCCGUGGCGCCCGCAGGACCCCGAGGCGAGCAAGCAGAGCCCGCCUCCGCCGGCGCCGCCGCCGCAGGCCAAGGGGAAGGUUGUCACGGGGCUCGCCUCCGUGCUCUGAUCCCCCGCGCGGCGGCGUGCCGGAUCGAAUAACGCUAACGAGCACCCUCCUCCUGCGGCCACUAGCUAGCUGAUCGACCCAAGAACUCCACCCAAAUCUUCAUUUUGUCGCCUUUUUUUCUCUUCGCGAUUAUCGAUCCGUCCGAGGGCCGGCUCCAGGUGUUUUAGCGGUUUUCCGGCUCCUCGGAAAAUAGAGAGAAAAAACGCUUCUUUUUGUCCCUUCUUUUUCCUUUUUGUUGCUGCGGAAGUUUCGGUUCUCCGCCGCCGGGGGAACGGAAGGAACCUGGCGGUUUGCGGUUCCUCGUCCCCUGGUGCUGAGAGGAAAGACGAAGGAAGAACAGGCCUCGUCGCCAUGACCUGAGGCUCUGAACUACCUGUACUACUGUACCAUGUUCGUCAGGUCAUGUCAGGCUUGUGAUUUCAUUGAAGAGGCACUUGUAAAAAA